AGUAGCUUCGGUGGUGAUUAGCGUUUGUGCUAGCUCCCGACAUCACAACAUUGGAAGGUUGCGAGAAAAAGUUUGCGACGGAGUUAUAAAGGGCAGUUUAGCAGAUUUUCGGGCAGUCAAGGAGAACAAAACGGCGCAGAAAGGCGGAAUUAAAGAAGCGUCCAUAUCAGCUGGGGGCGUGGCUUGUGUGCGUGUGUGGGGAUAUAGCAACCGCCACAGGAACCAUGUAAGAAGUUUGUGAGGACGCUGAGUGGAGCAGGAGCCUCUGAGUGGAGCAGGAGCCUCUGAGUGGAGCAGGAGCCGCUGUCUGAAACAGGAGCCGCUGUCUGAAACAGGAGUCGCUGUCUGAAACAGGAGCCGCUGUCUGAAGAGCGAGGGAAAAAGUCAGCCGUGGAGUGUUGGAUACAGUGUCUGAGAGCGAUACACGUUGAGUAGUGAGCUAAGCUACUAUGUAUUGAGGCGUAGGCAGGGUUUAGGAGGUGUUGGUGUAGCAUUGGGGUGGAGGAUGUCUCUCGCCGAGCAGAGCCAGCAGUGGUACCCGACCAGCGUCCAGGUGACGGUGCUUCAGGCGCGCAAGCUGCGGCUCAAAGGCAAGAAUGGUACGAAUGACGCGUACGCCAUCAUCCAGGUGGCCAAGGACAAGUUUUCCACCGCGGUGGCGGAGAAGUGCGUGGAUCCUGUGUGGAAGGAAGAAGCCAGCUUCGACCUGCCGCUGUUCCACCGCGGGAACGCCGAGCGCUGCACCCUGUACAUCGUGGUGAUGCACCGCGCCCUGGUGGGCAUGGACAAGCUGCUGGGCCAGGCAGUCAUCAACCUGCUGGACGUGCACGACAACAAGGCCCGGAAAAACACCGAUUGGUACAAGCUGCUGGAUAAGAACGGUAAAGCAGACAAGGAGAGAGGCGAGGUUCUCCUGGACAUCCAGUUCAUGCGGAACAACAUGACAGCCAGCAUGUUCGAUCUCUCCAUGCAAGACAAGCCUCGGUCUCGUAUCUCCAAGCUCAAAGAUAAGGUCCGGGGCAAGAAGAAGGAUGGACUCUCUGACUCCGCUUCCGCUAUUGUUCCUGCCACAGUUAGUCAGGUCCUGACAGACAGCGAGGGGGAAGAAGAGGGAAGCACAGACUCUCCAAAAUUGAAGAAGUCAUCUAAAUUUAAGUCUCUUUUUGGAUCAAAGACAAAUCUCCACAGAGGCGUGUCCCAAUCCAUGUCCACCCUCGGUACGCUGCCUGAGAAGAACAGCUCGCUGAGCAGCAGCCGAUCCUCAGGCCUCAAUGAAGAAUCUGCUGAAGGCAAAAACAAGUUUAAGUUUUUGGGCCACAAGAGAAACAGUAGCACUGACAGCAAAAUAUCUCUAGGCCCUUUCACCCUGCUGAAUCGCUCCAAACAGAGCACUCCUGAACAGAGCAACCUGUGUAUCAAUGGCAGUCAUGUGUAUGCUGAGGAUCAAGAGACCAAGCCGAAUUCUGGUUCCUCCCUCAGCCUGAGUGGCUCUGCAAAAGGUUCCAUAGAAGACCUGCGGAAAUACCACGAACGAAAACCAUCUGCUGGUUCCACUGACUCGUUCAAGGGCCUCAGUAUUCCUAGUUACAAGCCUGACUCAACAGACAGGGAAUUCCAAGUCCAACAACGCCCUCAAGAGGAUGAAGAGAAGAAGCACAAGAAGACAGAAGGACGCCUGCAGGAGCUUUUGGAUGAGCAGGAGAGAAAGAGGCAGCAAGAGCAAGAUGAGAGAUGGAGAAAACUGGAGGAAGAUGAAAGAAAGAUGCAGCAGGAACGAGAGAGGAAGCGGCAGGAGGAGGAGGAGCAGCAAAGAAGGAAGCGUGAAGAGGCAAGGAAAGCAGAGGAACAGAAACGCCAAGAGGAGUCCAGAGUGACUGAGCGGCUCACUUCUCUUUUCGGCCUAGGGCGGAAGAAAGAGGAGCAAAUUUCUCCAGCAGUGGAGAGUCCUAAACAACUGGAAGUACCAGCCUCCACAAACCCGUUUGAGGAAAUUCCACUUGGCUCAGACAGCCCAAAUCCUUUCCUAGAGGAGAAGCCAGCAGAACCACAGAAAGAGGUGCGAACUGCCUUCACUCCAAUGCCACCUUCCAGCGGCUUUCCAGCUCGUACAGCCAAGGUUUCUGCAGUCAAGCCAAGAUUGACUCUCAGUCAGAAGACUGAAACAGAUAAUACUGAUUCCCUUGCCUCCCCUGUCCCCUCAGACAUCCAGAACUCUGUUCCUGCUUCUACUUUUUCCCCUGAAGCAUCACCUUCUAGUGAUUCUUUUGAGUCUUUUGAUAUGUUUUCUAACCUCCACUCUUCUAUGGCACCUCCUAAACCCCAGAGAACCUUUUCAGACUCGUCAAGAGGCAGCAUGGAGAACCGUUCAGGAGUUGAUAAUGCCACUAACUUGUCUGAGAAAAAGUACAGAGCCGCACAGUCACCCAGCUAUCCUGGGGAUCCAUUCAAAAAUGAAAAGCACCAUCUAAAAAAUGGCGUACAGGUUAGUCCACCAACCUCGGAGAAAACUCAAAAACCUUCACUUCCUCCUCCUGACUAUGAAGCUCUUUUUCCCAAGAAGAGACAUGGUGUAAUGACUGACACCCGUUGGGAACACAUUAUUGCUGAAGUGAACCAGAGAAAGAUGAAUUUUCAGGAUGGUGAAAAAGAAAUGAGCGUAGAUGGUCCUGAUGAGCCCAUCUCAAACAAAUCUUCAAUUUUAAAGGAAAGGAAUACAUCAAGCCUCAACCAGCAUCACAGGGAUUAUCAGGCGGUGUCCUCUGCCCCCACAAAGGGAAUGGAGCCUAAGCCGGCUCUAAUUCCACCCAAACCAGCUAGUUUGGCAACAACAAAACAGCAGCGUGAGGCUAAUUCUGAGCAAGGCCAUACCCAUAAACAAUUAUAUUCUGUACAUGGUGAAAAGACCAAAACAGAUUUGGGAAGAAACCUGGGACCAUCAGGCCAGAGUCAGCAAGACACUCGGAUGAAUGUAAAGGGAGCUUCAAACCCCAUUCCUGACCCCACACUUGGUCAAAUCUCAGAGCCAAAAAUGGAAAAACCAACACCAACAGCCAGGAGUAUAAAAAAGCCAACUUCAAGCAGUGAUGUUGAUACUACAGGGUUGCCUCUAGCCAAACAUAGGAAAGGAGCUCCAAGUAAAGAACCUGUCAUACAGGUUCAACCAGAGCAAAGUAUGCUCGCUUUUACAUCCUCAGCAAGUUCUCAAGUGGAUGGAAAAAAAGAAGGUUCCAAGACAGCUAAGAGUUUGUGGGAGAAUUUAGGCUUUGCGGAAGGAAAGCCUACCCCUGUAAAUAAAACUGCUAAAACGGUUAACAUACCAAAAGAACAACCAUUUACAAAUGUCACAAGUGCUCCUGAGAAAAAAAUGACUGAAGUUGACCCUUUCCCAAGUGAUAAACUAAUCUCUCAAGAUCCCUGGGCUUUACCACAACAGACCAUGGAUCAAGAUGACUUUUUCACUGGUGGUCCGAAGGAAGGAAAAAAGCCUGAAGAUCAGAGAUUAUCCUCAGAUGACUUUGAUAACAUAUUUGGAUCUGGUGCAUCUAAAAAUGAAAUGGAUCCUUUCUUUGUGCCCAAAGAUAAAGCAAAUAUUUUCUUUGAAUCUGUGGCCUCUAAAAAUGAAACAGAUUUGAAAAAAUCACAUAACUCAAGCCCUUCCUCCCAGAAGGUAUACUCACAAAAGAAAAAACUAGCACCUCCACCCCCUGAGAAGCCUGUAAUGGGGAAAGAUACCAUGGACAAACCAGUCCUUCAAGAGGCUGAUGAUGUUGAAUUAACUGUUACUAGUCUUGCUGAACCAAAGGGUGGUGAAACUACAGAAGCCACAUCAAAAGCUAAUUUGGAUCCAUUUACAUCCCUGUCUUCAGCUAUUCCAGAACUCCUGUCUGGAAGUGCAUCUGGGGGCAAAAGCACACUCUGUGCCUGGGUAUCACCCUCUGAGGUUCAGUCAGGCCCUUCACAAAGCAGUGGAGGUGGUGUGGUAUUUACCUCUCGCAGACCACACCCAGUGAAACCGAUGAGUCCCUAUGAAAGCCAGUCUCCUGGUAGUAUUUCCUCGGGAAAAGAUUUGAAGAUUCCAACGAUCCGAGAAGUGGCUGAAAAAUCAAAGUCUGUAGAGUGUGGCCCAUACACCCAGCUCACUCAGGAAGAGUUGAUCACCCUUGUGGUGAAGCAGCAAACUGAGCUAUCCAAAAAGGAUGAGAAGAUUCUUGAGCUGGAAGAUUACAUCGAUAAUCUGCUGGUGCGUGUCAUCGACGAAAAACCCAGCAUCCUGUUGGCCCUAAACGCCAAGGUUUAGGGGAAGAAGUUCUUCACUAUGACACUAUGAGGUGGAAGAUAACUGAACCUACUACACCUACACCACAGUGUAACAUAAUGUUUUGAUGAGAUGUGCUUCCUAGGAACCAAACCUUCCAAAAUGAUAACUUUUGUUAUAGACACAGGCUAUACUCUACGGUUUCACAUUCAGGUUUUUUUUUUAGCUUGAUUUGGUUGAGCUGCAUCAGACAGGUGAAAGAAAGUGUUCAAUGAGUGAGAUAGGACAUCUGUUGCUCUGGACUAAUAUCUGUUAAGUCUCAAGAUGAAACCAAGGAAGGUCUUUUUUUCACUAUUCAUAAAACGGUGACAUGAAGGAUUAACAGUUUUAUGCUGGAAUUAUUUCUUAAUGUGUUGUUUUAUGUGUUAUGUCUACAAAGUGUGUCUUCAAUAAUGGACAGAUGAAAUGUGUUGAAUCAUUGUAGCAUUGUAUUUAUCUGUGGAAUGAUUCGAAUUUUUUGUCACUGAAUGAUAGAUUUUUUUUUCUUAACACUGAACUACAUUUGACUGGUGUCUGGGUUGUUUUAAUGUAACAGUGGUGUCACAGGUACAUUUUACUAUCUGCAUUUCUGUGUCUGAUAUUUGUAUCUGUUGCAUUUUGUUGCCCCAUACCUCACACCAUUAACACUAGAUCUUCCCAUGUUAUCUGGCUUUUGCCUGACCCCUGCUAUAGGUUAUACUCAUUCUUGUUGGCUGAAGAUUAGAAUUAGUUCAGACCUGCCCAAAAUGUGCACAAUGUUGUUCCACAGUGUCUUCAUUCAUGCUUUAAGAUAUUAUGGCAUUAAUUGUUAUUUUUCUUGGCUGCUGUCUUCAAACUUUAAAUGCUCAUUUAAGAAAAGACAUUUUUAAUGAUCUCUGCUGUUAAAAUAUUUAUUUUCCUAACUAUAUUUUGAAGAAAAUUGCUUUGUGUACUAAUAUGGCAACUCUCAGGCCACAUUCUGGUACUAUGACAUCAUUACUAUAUAACACUAUUUCUAUGUUUAUCAGUGUGACCUAAUCAUGAGUCAGCUAUAGUGGUGCUUCACCACUUCCUGAUUGAUACUUUAAGAUCAACUGCAAUAAGACUAUCAUUUAUUUUGUAUACCUGUGCCUUCUUGUGUCCUUUAUGCUUAACAAUUUCUUUCUACAUUCCAAUGAUAAAAUAUAUUUUGGAUAAAUUAUGUAUAUUCAAUAGAUAAUUUUUUAUGUGUAUUGCAUUGAGACAAUAGUUAAUGUACAUUUAUUCUGCUAUAUGAAAGUGAAUAAAACUAUUUAUACCACA